GGUCCGGCUGUAGCUCUACCCUCCGGGGCGCUGAGACGCCGGUCCUGCCCGGUCCCUGCUGCUGGGGCUGGGACUCUCCAACCCGAGCACUGUGCGUGGCCCUCUCUGGGGGCCGGCCCUGGCCAGGCCCCGCCCCGCUGGGGGGCCGGGACCGCCCAGCGGCUCCUGCCUGGGCUCGGCUCCCGACCCACACACACUCUGCGCGAUCCCAUGGCGGCCGGGCGGCUGGCUGGGCUGCAGGCGCGGCCGCUGGGCGCGGCGGAACCGCUGGCGCUGGGCUCGCUCCUGGGCCGCGUACUGCUGGUGAGCAACGUGGCGUCGCUCUGAGGCACCACGGCCCGGGACUUCGCCCAGUUCAGCGAGCUGCAGAGGCGCUACGGGCCCGGGCUGGCCGUGCUGGCCUUCCCCUGCAACCAGUUCGGCCACCAGGAGAAUGCUACCAAUGAGGAGAUCCUACUUUCCUUAAAGCAUGUCCGCCCUGGCAAUGGUUAUGAGCCCAACUUCACCAUAUUUGAGAAGUGUGAUGUGAAUGGGGCAAAUGCUCACCCACUCUUCACUUUCCUGAAAGAGGCACUCCCUUUUCCACAUGAUGAUCCAAUGUCGCUGAUGACCAACCCACAGUACAUCAUCUGGUCUCCAGUGUGCAGGAAUGACAUCUCCUGGAACUUCGAAAAAUUCCUCAUUGGGCGUGAUGGCGUGCCCUUCAAGCGCUACAGCAGGCACUUUGAAACUAUCAAGAUCCAAGAUGAUAUUGAAAAGCUCCUUCAGCAUGUCCCAUAGAAUGUUCUCAACCAAGCCAAAGUCCUGCUGAAACUUUUCUCUCUCCUCAGCUCUGCUUUAUCUCUGCUUCCUGUUGAGUCAUUUUGCUAGCCUUCUUGUCCCUAGCCUGGACAGCCUGCUCUUUCUGUGACCUCUUGCUCUGCAAGUAAAAUGCUAUUGUCCAUGGAAGUUUUACUCAUGAAGGUGCUUCUUCCAAAUUCUUCAGGAGAAGCACUUGAUGUAUUCUGUAAAAGUUGCAUGUGAAUUUUUAGCAAAUUACCGCAGGGGAAGCAGCCCUGAGUCUGGGUAGCUUGUGAGCCUUUGUAUUACUAAUACAAUUCCUGAAGACCAGAA